UUUAACCUAUAAAUUCAACUUAUUCCGCAUUGAAAAUGGUUUAUAAGUGCAAAAAGUGUUCAAUAGCUCGACAUAGCUCUAAAACAAGAUAAUUUCAAGUGUAAAGAUUGUUAGAUUGUGAUUGGUUAUUCGACGCCGGGUGCAUAAAUGUGGACGCUUCAAAAUCCGUCGCAACACGUAACAACUGGAGGUGUGAUAAGUGCAGCGCUGCUACAUGUGCUGGUCGCGAGGGUGAGUUAUCACGUGAGGACAAUACUGUUCUCUUUAAAAAUACUGCUCUUUGAAAAGAAAAUCAAGAACGAUGGGACAUUACUAAAGCCACACUCAACGAUUUUCAAAUUGUUAAGGAAGAUGGAAGUGGCGGAUCUGCAGCAACAAACCCGCAAGAACAAUGUUGUGAUAACGGGCAUACCGGUUACAACUCAGGAAAAUGUGUAUGCUAUAUUGGAAAAACUGGCAAGUGUUUUGGGUGUAGAGUAUAAAGGAUUCGACAUAUCGACUGCACACAGACUUCGUCAAGGUUCAGCUGUACCCGGUAAAAACCGAGUUCCACCGUCCAUUGUGGUAAAUUUCGUUUCGAGAUUAAUCAAGUCCAUCUGGUUGACAGCUAGAAAGCACAAGAAAAGACUGUCAGCAAGUGAAAUUAAUCGCAAUUUUCCGGAUCAUCCUGUUUAUAUGAACGAUCACCUAGCACACAAGGGAGAUUUUCAACGCAGCGGGUCUCGUUGAAACCAGUAAGCUGGUGUCUGUCUGGAACAAUGAUAACAAAAUAUUGGUGACGAGAUCAACUACUGAGAAACCACUCAGGACAUAUUAUUUGGACGAUACACGUUAAAUCGAUUAGGCGGCGGUUGAACAACGGCACUUCUUCAAACAAGUUCAGGAUAAGGCAAGAAGAACUUUUUGCAAUUUCACACUAUUUCAAUUCUUUCUCUAUUCAAAUCAAAUGUAUUUAUUGUCGUUCACAAUUAUACAUGUAUUGACAGUCAUGAAAACUGAGCAUAGUCCUUAGUCUAAAGCUGAGGUGAAUAACAACGAAGAUAAAUAGAGUUUGAACAAUCAAAUAAAAUAAAACAAUAUAAAAUUAACAACAGGACAAACAAUAAAAUUUGGAAUUGAAUAACAGAAUUGAAAGCUAUAUUCAAGCUGCUGAGCAGAAAUACAUUGCAGAGCAAAAUUUUACAGAAAACUUAUAUUCUCGCGCUACAAAUAGGAAUAUUUUUUUAAUAAUAAUAAUUUCUCUGAUUGCCAAUGAUGAAUUGCAACCAGAGGAGUUUAUUGACAAAACAUAUACAUAGUUGUUAUAUUAUACAUACAAAAUUGCUAAUACUAAACUUAGUUCUAAUUAUGAUACCCCACUAUAAAAAUAUGUGACGAGGUGAUCAUAAUAUUCUUUUCUAAAACAUGUAUAAAAAAUGUAAUUAGUAAUUUUAGUUAUAAAGGUUUGUUAGUUAUUAAAGGUAGAAUAAAAAGAA